AUGGACGAGGUUCGAGCGGCCUUGUUUUCUAAUCUUCGAUCUUCAUCUAAAGUCGAGACUUUUCAACCAGAAGUGUUGUUGAAAACAGGAGCUGUCAGAGAGAGAUUUCGGGUCUUUCAAAAUGACUGCGAUCUUGAAAGCGGAAGUGACCCUUUGGAAGAUGCAGUCAUUUUCAUGAGCGUCCAGACUAUUAUCGACAAAAGCACUGAGUACAGUGUUGCGCUGACGAAAGAUGUGAAGAUCGAACUCCGGUGGCAGAAAGUAUCGCACUAUAUAUGGUUCGUGACGGGGCUUGAGUUGAAGCAUUUAUGUGUUCUUGCUCUUCGUGUUCUGAAAUAUCUCAUAGCUCAAUCGAGUAUCCAUAUCUGCCCGUCCUCGCACAAUGACAAAACUCUCAUACAGCUACCGCUUGAGGCGGAGACCAGAGUGAGAGAUAUCUCACCAGUCGACUAUCCAAGGAUAACCGCACAUUCAUCCAAAGAGGAUGCUUCAAUAACGUCUCACGUAGGAGAGGAAAUAGUAGAUACUGCACGAGAAGCAAUAGAUUGUAAAAUUAACAGCGUGUCAGAGGAAAUGCAAGAAAAAGCUCUUGAGAGCUUAAUUAGGGGCUUCGAUAAAAAAACUCAUUCAAUUCAUAGACGCACCUUUCAUAAAUGUAAUCUAUCGUCAAUUGACCAGAUCCAGGACAUUGCACAACAACUAUACAUCGAACAGAGCUCCAGAAUAUUAGACAGUCACCGAACUCCUGGCUCGUACCUAUCUAGGAAGUUCAGAAGUGCUACAGAGUUUGCGCCACAAACAGGAAGCAAGAAACUACCUAUCAGUGAGACUUUGGAGCAAGAAGACUCACCAAGUUCAGUAGAAGAAGUCGAAGAGAAUGAUGUUUGGAUCGCCAGACAACUACAGCCUCCCGCAAAAUCACGUUUUCAGAAAGGUUCUAGACAUGACAGCAGGAAAAGAAAAUUCUCUUCCUUUGUGAUCCCCUAUACUGCUCUCUCUGAGAUCGCGUCACAUCCGCUGGAUUAUACAUGUCGGUCAAAACGUGUACAGUCGGGAGUGCCUGAAGCGACGCAGACGCCGACACUCGAUCUAUCCGACGGCCAUACCAAUUAUGACGUUGGCGAGGACAUGAUGCUAGACUCUGUCGUCGAAAAUCCAGAAGCCAAACUAUCUAUGGAUCAUAGUAUGACUAGUACAGACGAAGAAGAAAGCGACUUUGAGGUUGUCGAGCCGGACGAUGAUGGAGACGGCGACUACACUGAUGGUGAUGAUGACCGUGAUAUUACCAAAGAAGAUGAUCCCGACCGCAUUAGGACUCGAAGCCGCAAUACAACACCCCAAAAACUCUCUGGCAACCUUCCAUAUAGAGCGCCAAAAAGCUUGAAUGCCCUUUCUGGCGCGGAGUCGACCAAUAUCAGCCCCAUCAGUCGAAAGUCACCAAGAGCUUCGCACAUAACAUCAAAAUCAAGCAGUCUACCUCCGGCAGUGACAGAGAAGACACAAGAAGUUGGUAAAGAAGUAGUGCAGUCCAAUGAAGAUAAAGGGAAUGAUGGAAGUGAAAGCACGCCAGAUACGAGCUCAAACUACACGAUUUGCUGGAUGACAGCAAACAUGCCCCUUGAGGGUAUGAGCAUCCAGCCAGUCCGACCUGGUUUUGCAUGCGAGAUGUGCAAAGAGCGUCGUAGAAGGGGCAUGGAAUCAUCUUGCUUUUAUUUUGACACGACGAGGGAUGGUCGUAAAAGUGUUCAAUUUUAUGGGCGGAUAUAUGAUGAGUGA